GUUGAGUGGAUCUCGUGUUUGAUAACACGCAGUUCAAGAUGUAGUAUUGCAUCAAUAUGAACUCAGCAUCAACUCAACUAUUGACUCCAGCUCUUUAGGAGUAUUAGAGCUUCCCAAACCGUCUUGAACUCCAAAACCAGACCCUGAGACAACCGGAAGUGCAAUCACUGCAUGGCAUUUGAUCAUCGCUAAGAGGACAUCCAAAUUGGCAGAUUAAUGAUUAUUCAUGAACAGGCAGUCUGGAUAUAACAUUACUUGGCCGAAUUACAGAUUACCAAAUUUGUUAUCCUUAUGGACUGCUUCAGCCCUCACCCUCGAGGCAAAUACAGAUCAAUUACAUCCUUUCCGCAAACAUUACGCUAUCCGUAAUAUUGGGUUUUCAUGGCUUCAUUCCUCGUUGCCUUCUCUGCUGCCUUCGGAGCAGCAGAAGCAAUCCGUGCAACUCAAUCUCGUGCGCGUAAAGAUGAACACAGAGGUCGAAAAAACAAUCUUGUUAUCCACUGUCCUAAAUCGUCCGACCACAGCCAAAUUUUAGAAGGCAGGAAUGUUGUCCUUUCGGGAGACAAGCUAUACGUGGACACAGGCACAGAUCCUGAUCUAGAAUUCGGCCAUCCGUUUGCUGGCUACUUCCUCGCUUUUCCUGACACUGAGCAUUCCGGCCUCGUAUCUACAAUUUGUGACGAACCACCCAUCAUGAACUGGAUAUACGUAGAUUGUGACACACACGAAUUGAAGUUCGGCACGCGUCCCUACGCCGAGUCGAACUAUACUGGUCCUUUCGAUUGCACGAGACAAGACCGACGGCUGACUCUUGGCAGUUGGGAGGGGUUCUUCGCUGUGAGAGAGGACUCAGGGUUUUGGGCGUUGUAUUUCGAUGUAGACCAGGACAGGCUCGGCUCAAAGCUGUCGAAGGAAACCCCGAUUUUGGAAGUGCAAUUAUUGCGAGUCGAAUUGCAGGUGCAACAUCCCCAUGAGGAGACUUCAGAAAAGCACGAUACCCAAGAAGCGACGGAAGUCAAAGUAGAGAUUUAAUGAGUUGUAGGUUAAAUAUAAACAAUUCCAUACACAUCAGUAUUAGAGGGCAGAGUGGUGUCCUCAAGGACUGCUCUUCCGUAAUCCUACUUCCAACCCUCAUAUCUCAGUAUCAAGCAAUAUUGUCCUCUACAAGGAAAUUUUGGAUGGUGAACAGAUCAGUUCGUUUUUAUUUUCAUUUUUAGAGUAUGUGUAAAAUUCCAGAUUAUACUCGAUCUUACAUCACAGACUGAUGAUAUCAAGCCCACUUCUUGUACAUUCAAAAG